AUGGCGGAAAAUAAUCAAACGACAAGAAAUAACACCACAAACUUUAAUUAUCAUGACAUUGACAACAACCCCAGUUACACUUCGACAACGAAUGAAACUUCAAAUACACAACGAACACUUCCACAAUCUGCAAUUUCCACUUAUCCGAAAACUUCCUAUCCCAAUGUCGCUUUUUAUGAAAAUAGAGUGAAAGCAGCACCAAAUGAUGUAUUCAUUGACGAUAUAUUGAAUAAAUGGUGGAAAACUUUUGAAUUAUUGGAAAAUAGCCGGUAUUACAUUCAGUGGUUGUUUCCGAAUAUCGAAGAAGGGAAGCAUGAACAUUUUUUUCCCCUCUCUCCUGAAGAAGCAAAGAUAAUCCGUGAAAGUGAAGAUUUGAAGGAAAAAGUCAAAAUGGCUUUUGAAAUGAUGCUGGACUUUUAUGGCAUGAGGCUUGUUGGAAGCAACCAGUUUAAACUCACAACAAAUGCUGAUAGAUUAUUAACAGCACUUAAUACAGAGAACAAUCACAACUAUCAACGUAUUACAAGAAUCCUAAAAGCACUUUUAGUAUUAGGAUGUAACAAGUUGAUGCUACCUUGGUUGAAAUUUCUGGCUGAUUUGAUCUACAAGGAAAAGAAACUCACCUUUGCUCACUUCUCUUUUGAGAAAUAUUGGGUUGAUACUUUAGAUGCUGAGAACAAAUUAGAAUUGAUAUCAUACGUUGAUAAAUUAACAAAAUUGAAACUAACUGGCAUUACAGCACAUAGUAAACCUAGUGAUACUACUGAAAAUAUCACUAGUCCUACAAUUACGACUAACACAAAAGCAACUAUUGAGGAGAGUGAGUCUUAUAGCAGGCCAGAGGGUGUUAAAGUUACUAAUGCUGGUAGCACAGCAACUACUUUCAACUCUAAUGUUUCUAAUACUUCAUCUCAAUUGAAAAUGGAGAAAACUGCUCAAGGAGACACUACAAAAACCAGCAGUAUGCCCACAAGUAAAAGAACUUAUGCUACAGUAGCUUCUCCACCAAAAGAAAAUAACAACGGGUCUUCAGUUAUUGCUUUCUACAAAAAUGAAAUUCCUUCUGGGUCACAAGGUUUUUAUAUUGAAAUAAUUCUAAGAGACUGGAUUGGAAAUUAUAAACAAUUGAAUGACUUCUAUAAUUAUAUCCCAUGGUUAUUUCCUAAUAGAAUGCCUGGAAAGAACCCUCAAGCUCCACUGCUUACUGAUGAAGACGUUGAACAAAUCUGCAGUUCACCUGAAUUGAAAAAAUGUGUUAUGAAAGCUUUUGUAAUGAUGCUUGACUUUUUUGGAAUGAAGCUGAUGGAAGAUUCCCGAACAUUUGCUCUGACUGACAACUACGUUGAACAAUUUAAGACAAUAGCUUCGUCUGACAAAUGUAUGGUAAUUACGAGGAUUCUUCAUUUCCUUAGAGAAAUCAAUGAAGAGCAGUUAAUGAAAACACCUCCCUCCGCAUCCACUGUUGAACAUUCAGCACAGUCUCCCAAGCCCUCUACAUCCAGUCAGCCCAAGUCCAUCUGUUCAAAGAAGGCCACACCCUUCAUAACCUCUGACCCACCACUUUCUUCCCAUCCAUCAACCCCUCUUUGUAGAGAGAAGUCCUCGCCUGCCUCUCCUUCCACAUCUUUUCCUCAAACCUCUAUCCCUCUCACCAUAACAACUUCUUUCUUUUGGAACAACGCUACAGAAAAGAUAUUAAAAGCAAAAAUGUCAUUUCAGCCUAACUUGGAGUUUUAUAUGAAUAAAUUUCCAGCAGAACCAGAUUCUGAUAUGAUUGAAGAUAUCCUGUUGAAAUGGAAAGGAAACUAUAAAAAACUGGAGGAAAAUAUAUCUUAUAUGCAAUGGUUGUUUCCAACUAAAUCACAAGGGAAAAAUCCAGCAUCAUAUCCUCUCACUGAGGCAGAAGCUGAGAUAAUAAGAGAGGAUGAAGAAUUAAAAGGCCGAGUAAAGAGAGCUUUUGAAAUGAUGCUGGACUUUUUUGGCAUGGAGCUUUUUAGUUAUAACCAAUUUAAACUCGCAGAAAAUGCUGACCAAAGACUGGAACAUAUUAACACAUGGGGUUCUGACUCAUUUGUAAAGAUUUCCAGAAUCCUCCUGUCUCUUAAAGAACUUGGAUUUGAAUAUUUGAUGCUUCCAUGGAUGAUGCUUCUUGCAAAGCUCAUCUAUAAGGGUAAUGAUGCUGUGAUCUAUCUAUCUAUCUAUCUAUCUAUCUAUCUAUCUAUCUAUCUAUCUAUCUAUCUAUCACAUGACUCCCCCUCAGAUCGAGGUGGAAGCCAAAAGAAAGCAUCGGCAGCCCAACUAAGAAUACAAAAAGAUAUGAAUGAAUUAAAUUUACCAAAAACAUGUCAAGUGGAUUUUCCAGACCCUGAUGACCUGCUGAAUUUCAAAUUAGUUAUUUGUCCUGAUGAGGGAUUCUACCGAAGUGGACGGUUUGUGUUCAGUUUUAAAGUUGGUCAAGGUUAUCCACACGAUCCACCUAAAGUCAAAUGUGAAACGAUGGUAUAUCAUCCCAAUAUCGAUUUGGAAGGAAAUGUUUGUUUGAAUAUAUUAAGAGAAGACUGGAAACCAGUAUUGACUGUCAAUUCAAUAGUUUAUGGUUUACAAUAUUUAUUUUUGGAACCUAACCCAGAAGACCCUCUUAACAAGGAGGCUGCUGAAGUUUUGCAAAAUAACCGUCGCUUGUUUGAACAGAAUGUGUCUAAAUCAAUGCGUGGAGGUUACGUUGGCUCCACAUACUUUGAGCGUUGCUUAAAGUAG